GGAGAUGCUGCUAAGCUCAGCGUGAUUGUUCACGCUGAUCUUCAAGGAAGACCUUACCGGAUUGAAGACUUCCGUGAACCGUUGGACAAGGUGGGAGUUUUGCCGGGCGUGGCUGGUCUGGGGGCCUUCCAGAUGAGCCACGUCUGGCUGCUGAAGCUUCACUCGCUGGAAGCAAAGACCAAGCUUCUGGAAGCCGGCAACCUGCAAGUAAAAGGCCGCUUUUGCCUUCUCGUAGACCCGAGUCGGAGGGAGCUGCGCAUCAAGCUCCACUGGGUCACGUUCGACGUCCCAGCGGACACGGUGCGUCGUGCCUUCGAGCCCUUCGGCUCGGUCAAAGAAAUUAUCCGAGAAAAGUGGAAAGUGCCAGGCUUUGUCGACGUUGAGUCCACCACGUUGGUGGUGCGGAUGAUGCUGAAGGAGGGCGUUUCCCUGGAAAGCCUCCCACACCAGCUGCGGAUCUGCGGGGGGAAUGUCCUGGUCGUCGUCCCUGGUCGUGCGCCGAUCUGCCUCCGUUGCCACCGAGCGGGGCACAUACUUCGAGACUGCAGGGUGCCCCGGUGUAACCAGUGCCAGGCCUUCGGACACGAGGCCUCGUCGUGCGUGAAGACGUACGCCCGCGUCACUGGCAACAACAUCGCCGUGGCGUCGGACGACACAGAGUGCAUGGACGUGUUCGAGGCCGAGAGAGCAGCAACAGCGACGACGCCGACAGACCAGCAAACCCAGGGCGGGCCCGCAGAGAACGGCGGAGUCCGUGAUGAGGCGAAACCAAGACCUUCGCCCGGGGCAUCAAAAGACAAAGCGGCCCCCGAGGUAGUCGAAGAGCUCGGGUCCGAAAAGGUGACGGACUCUCCAGUCGUCCCAGCGGCAACCGCCGUGCCGGGGAACGAUGACGGCAAGAACCAUGUCGACGAAGACGUCGGGACGAAAGUUCAUGACGAAGUCAAGGUCAAGGGUGACGACGGCGGCAAGCCCGAGGAGGGCGAAGGUAGCGUCGACGUCAGGCUCAGGGACGCAGAGACCGGAGCGGCGAGGCGACGGCACGAAGGCGUAAGCUCCAAGAUCGCCGACAGGGAACUGCGACGCCUCGAGCGCGAGUGGGUUGGCAACGGGGGACUUAGCCGUGAACGGUCGAGGUCUCGCCAGCGCAGGGAGCAGCAAUUGAAGUGAGUGGUCAAGGCCUUCACUACUGUUGUAAAAGGUUUCUUCGCACGGUUUUCUUUUACUAAAGGCAGCACUUUCCGGUUGGUCCUACCUAGAAUUUAAGCAUGCUAGAAAAGUCUUUGCGCGUGGGCACUUUAAACGUACGGGGACUAUGUUCCCGGCGCCGGCAGUGCCAACUGAGCCGCCUCUUUAUUGAGUACGACCUCGAUAUUGUGGCGGUUCAAGAGUCAAAGAUGGAAGGCGAAGGACAGACUGAGAGCAU